AUGAGCAAGCCGCAUUUUUUCGCCAGUGUGAUGCCAUCUGCGCCGGACCGCUCGACAGUCUAUACAAGUGUUUUUGGGUUGGCUUUGCUGCCGCUGCUGGACUGCAAGGCUUGCAAUGCCUAUUCAGCAAACAUCCAGCGCGGUGGAAGAUCCUCAGGGAGGCUAGGACAGAAUCGGUUCGACAUAACUAUGGGGAACAGGCUGUUCAGCAAAUAG